CCUCCUCUUCCACCCCUCCCGCAUCUCCUCCUCCUCCUCCUCCUCCUCCUCCUCGCAUGAGUCUCGUCGAGGGAGGGGGGCACGGCGGCGCUUCCUCAACUGGCCCCGGCGGACGCGGCCGGGCGUGAGAGGGGAGCCAUGACUCUGAGCUCCGAGAUGUCGGACGCCUCGGUCCUCUCGGAAGAGACCGACAUCGACGUGGUGGGCGAGGGGGUGGGGGAGGAGGCAGAGCGCGGGCGCGGGCGCGGCUCACCUCCGACCCAGCCACCGCAUCCUCAUCGGUCGGACGCCGGUGGCGCGGCCGCCGCGGAGCCGGGGCGGGACGCCUACAAGGCGGCGUCGGCGGCUGGAAAGAACCCGCUGGUGAAGCCGCCUUACUCGUACAUCGCCUUAAUCACCAUGGCCAUCCUGCAGAGCCCCAAGAAGCGGCUGACCCUCAGCGAGAUCUGCGACUUCAUCAGCAACCGCUUCCCCUACUACCGCGAGAAGUUCCCCGCCUGGCAGAACUCCAUCCGGCACAACUUGUCGCUCAACGACUGCUUCGUCAAGAUCCCGCGCGAGCCCGGCAACCCGGGCAAAGGCAACUACUGGACGCUGGACCCGGAGUCGGCGGACAUGUUCGACAACGGCAGCUUCCUGCGGCGGAGGAAGCGCUUCAAGCGGCAGCAGACGCAGGACUUGCUGCGGGAGCACGGCGGCUUCCUGCCGGCCGCCGCGGCCGCCGCCGCCGCCGCCUACGGCUACGGGGGCUACGGCUGCGCGGGUUACGGCCUCCCGCUGCAGUCCUACCACACGCACUCGGCUCUCUUGGCCUUCCAGCAGCAGCAGCGGCAGCAGCAGAGCGCCCGGCACGGCGGCACCGCGCUGCCCGCCGCCUCGCUGCCGCCCUCCGCGGAGCGCCCUCGGGGCCGCUUCUACCCGUCCCUGGGCGCCGGGCCGCAGGGCUCGCCGGCCGGCGCGCGCAAAUCGGACUCGCCGGCGCACCGCUCGCCCUUCUCCAUCGAGAGCAUCAUCGGCGGCGGCUCGCCGAGCCCCUCCAGGACUUCCCCGGCCGUCGCGGUGCCCGCGAUGGCCGCCUCGCUGCGGCCGCCCUCGGCCGUCUUGCACCCGCUGGAAAACUUCACCGCCGGCGGCUGUUAAACGGGACUCGAACGAACGAACAAAACGCAAACGAACAAAUAAACGGGGCCCCUCGGUGAAAGGUAGGAGAAUUAUUUUUGUACGUUUACUGUAGCGAGCGCGCGUGGCGCGCGCGUUCACGCGAUUUGAGAGGAUAUUUCAUGUUCACCUUUCCUCUUAUUUUUGGAAAAAUCAGGAUGUUUGGACUUUGUCUCCUCCAGCCACAAUCUCAGGACGAAUUGCUCGAAAUGAUCACGUGUUGGGUUUUUGGAUGUUUUUUUUAGUUUUGU